AGCGUAAUAGGGAGAAGAGCGAUCAGUCACGGUAGAUCGUGUGUGAGGCGUCGCGUAACUUCGAUGUUGCAUCCGUCGCGUGAUUCGCGUCCGUCGCGCGUCGUUCAUUGUCAAACGGCAACAGCGUCCAGCGAGCAUACAGGAGCAUGAUCCGUCCGGGAAGUCGUGAUUACGUGCUUACGCGAUCGCCUCGGGUCAAGUAGUGAAAACGUCGCCCGGCGGCGGUGCCCGACGUGCCGAAAUCCUUGCUCGGAUUUAAAGCGCGUGUGUCGUGCGUACGUGCCAGGCAGCAGUUAACCAGCAGCGACCGUCGAGUGGUAGCAGCGGCGGCGGCGGCGGCGGCGGCGGCAGCGGUGGCGGCGGCAGCGUGCCUGCCGAUACCCCGUGAAUGAUGAGUUCCAAGAGCAACAACGAGAGCCGCAAUUGCGGAAAUAAUCGCGACAUGACCUGCGAACGCACUGAGAACGAUUUUGAGUUCACGGUGCCGCCAGAGGCGCCGGUAUUCGAGCCCCACAUCGACGAGUUCUACGAUCCGCUUGUCUACAUCGCGAAAAUACGGCCAAUCGCCGAGAUCUUCGGUAUCUGCAAGAUUAAACCACCGCCUAAUUGGCAGCCACCGUUCGCUGUAGAUGUGGACAAGUUCAAAUUUGUGCCGAGAAUACAAAGGUUAAACGAAUUAGAAGCUAAGACCAGGAUAAAGCUGAACUUCUUAGAUCAAAUCGCGAAAUUCUGGGAGCUUCAAGGUUCCUCUUUGAAGAUCCCGCUUGUAGAACGCAAGGCGCUGGACUUGUAUUCCUUACAUAAAAUAGUCACAGACGAAGGCGGCAUAGAAACUGUAACGAAGGAAAGAAGGUGGGCAAAAAUUGCCAAUAAACUGGGUUAUCCAUCCGGACGAAGCGUAGGCAGUAUAUUGAAGAAUCAUUACGAGAGAAUUUUAUAUCCUUUUGACGUAUUCACGCAAGGAAAGACAUUGUCAGAUAUUAAAAUCGAACCAGAGUCGGACGAGAAGAACGAGAAGAGAGAUCGCGAUUACAAGCCACAUGGUAUAAUAUCUCGACAGCAAAUUAAACCACCUAAUGAAAAAUUUUCACGGCGAUCCAAGCGCUAUUCCGGACAAGAUGAGAAGCAAGAUCCAUCGAUUAAACAAGAGGAUUGCAAGGAGGAGUGCGACUCGGACAACGAGUGCAAGGACAAAAUUAAAAUCAAGAAUUUUAAUUCCGACCCGGAUAAGAGCAAGGAGCUCAAGAAGUUACAAUUUUAUGGACCAGGCCCGAAAAUGGCUGGUUUUAAUACCAAAGAGGGAAAGAAAUCUAAUAAAACGCGCGGCUUGAAACUUGUUUAUGAUUUCGAUCCUCUGGCAAAAUAUAUUUGCCACAAUUGUGGAAGAGGCGAUAACGAAGAAAGCAUGUUGUUAUGCGAUGGUUGCGACGACAGCUAUCACACUUUUUGCCUUUUGCCGCCUUUGACGGAAAUACCAAAGGGCGACUGGCGGUGUCCCAAGUGCGUCGCUGAAGAGGUUUCAAAACCGAUGGAGGCGUUCGGUUUCGAACAGGCGCAGAGGGAAUACACGCUGCAGCAAUUCGGAGAAAUGGCUGAUCAAUUCAAGAGCGAUUACUUCAAUAUGCCCGUGCAUAUGGUUCCAACAUCGCUAGUGGAGAAAGAAUUUUGGCGAAUAGUAUCGUCGAUUGAUGAGGACGUGACUGUGGAAUAUGGUGCAGAUUUACACACGAUGGAUCAUGGAUCAGGAUUUCCAACCAAAACCAGCGUUAACUUGUUUACUUGCGAUCAGGAGUAUGCCGAAUCUUCAUGGAAUCUAAACAAUCUGCCGGUCUUGGGUGGCAGCGUUUUAGGUCACAUUAACGCUGAUAUCAGCGGUAUGAAAGUUCCUUGGAUGUACGUUGGCAUGUGCUUUGCGACAUUCUGCUGGCACAAUGAGGAUCACUGGAGCUAUUCCAUUAAUUACCUUCACUGGGGUGAACCAAAGACAUGGUAUGGAGUGCCGGGUAAACAAGCGGAACGGUUCGAGCACACUAUGAAAUCAGCCGCGCCGGAACUAUUUCACAGUCAGCCCGAUCUAUUGCAUCAACUUGUUACCAUUAUGAAUCCGAACAUAUUGAUGAAAGAAAAAGUGCCAGUAUACAGAACUGAUCAGCAUGCAGGCGAGUUUGUGGUGACAUUUCCGAGAGCGUAUCAUGCUGGUUUCAACCAGGGCUAUAAUUUCGCAGAAGCUGUGAAUUUCGCACCUGCUGAUUGGCUCAAAAUUGGACGGGACUGCAUCACGCAUUAUUCAAAUUUGCGGAGAUUCUGUGUAUUUUCUCACGACGAAUUGGUUUGCAAAAUGUCUCUGGAUCCAGAUGCAUUAGAUAUCGGGAUCGCAACCGCUACGUAUCACGACAUGCUGCAAAUGGUGGAGGACGAGAAAAAACUACGAAAGAAUUUGCUGGAAUGGGGCGUGACAGAAGCAGAACGUGAGGCAUUUGAGCUUUUGCCAGAUGAUGAAAGACAGUGUGAAGCAUGUAAGACCACCUGCUUCCUCAGUGCAGUUACAUGCUCGUGUCACAGUUCGCAGUUAGUUUGUCUCAGACAUUACGCGGAACUUUGUAACUGUCCACCAGAGAAACACACACUUCGUUAUCGAUAUACGUUGGACGAAUUACCGAUCAUGCUGCAGAAGUUGAAGCUCAAAGCUGAGUCAUUCGACUCAUGGGUGACCAAAGUGAAAGAAGCGAUGGAUCCCAAAAACGACAAAAUUGAGCUGACCGAGUUGAAAGAACUCCUAAAUGAAGCUGAGAACAAGAAGUUCCCAGAGAGUGAAUUGCUGACAGCUUUAACCACAGCUGUACAAGAUGCUGAGAAGUGCGCGAGUGUUGCGCAACAACUCUUGAACAAUAAACAGCGUACAAGGACCAGGCAUACAGUUGACACAAAAUAUAAACUUACUGUUGAAGAACUAACACUCUUCUACAAAGAAAUAAGCAAUCUAUGCUGUGAAUUAAAGGAAUCAGACGGUGUAAAAUUUAUCUUGGAUCAGGUAUUACAGUUUCAGAAGGACGCGGAAGAGUUGGAAUCUAAAGUGGAAGAUUGCGAUAUUGAAAAGUUGGAAAAAUGCAUUGAUUUUGGAGAUUCCAUCUGCAUUGAAUUGCCUCAACUCGUGAAAUUGAAACAAAGGUUGGCGCAAAUACAAUGGCUCGAGGAAGUAAAAGCCCUUCAGGACGAUCCUAAAUCGGCCAGUCGCGAAGAACUGACAAAGUUGAUUGAGAAGGGCAUGAUAAUACCGCCUCAUUUUAGUAUCGAGAAUACAUUGUCGGAAUUGCACGCGUUAACAAAGGCGAUUGAUAAAUGGGAAGAAAAGGCCAAGGCGUUUCUUCAGACGAAAAAUAGACGUACAAUCACGGCUGUGGAAGAGUUUAUUCACGAGGCGGACGAAGUCGAAGCAUACCUGCCGAGCUUGGACACUCUUCAAGACAUGCUAAACAAGGCAAAGAACUGGACAAAAAUAGUAGACGACAUACAAGCGAAAGAAACUUUUUCGUAUUACGAUACUCUGGAUGAUCUAAUAAGAAAGGGAAGAAACAUACCGCUGCAUCUGGACGCUCUUCCGAUAUUGGAAUCCACCCUGUCACAGGCUAAAGCGUGGAAAGAAAGGACUGCGAGGACAUUCCUGAGGAAGAAUUCGCACUACACGUUGAUGGAAGCCUUGUCGCCACGGAUCGGCGUCGGCGUGCAGGCGAUGAAAACCAAGAAAAACAAAGGCGACGAAUCCGUGGGCGCCGUUUAUGUCUGUGAUACGAAACUGGACGACUCCAGCGAUUCGGCGACCGUCGUGGCUGCCUUUAAGCUGGCGGAGACACGAGAGAUGGAGGCGAUGAGGAGUCUGAGGGAGAGGAACUUGAUGAAGAUGAAAGCGGAAGUGGAAGACGCCAAGUAUUGCGUCUGUCGACGACCAAGAUACGGCAUCAUGCUUCAGUGCGAGCUCUGCAAGGAUUGGUUCCACACAAAUUGCGUGCCUCUGCCUAAAACAUCGUACAAAGGUAAACCACCAGGGCCGACAGACAUGAAAUUCCUGUGUCCGUGCUGUCUGCGUUCUCGACGACCUCGUCUGGAAACGAUAUUAGCCAUCCUGGUGAGCCUCCAAAAAAUUCAGAUUCGCCUACCAGAAGGAGAGGCGUUGCAAUGCCUAACGGAGCGUGCAAUGAAUUGGCAGGAUCGAGCGAGGCAAGCACUGGCUACCGAAGAGAUCUCGUCGAUACUGGGAAAGCUGGCUAUGAUGUCGCAAAAAUUGGUAGAAGCCGCGGCGAGGGAAAAGACGGAGAAAAUUAUCAGUAGCGAGUUGAAGAAAGCAGCGAAUAAUCCCGAACUGCAUCAGAGAGUGCAAGCUAUCGCACCCCUCAGCGGAGUGCAUUCGGAUGAUAGCGCGCUUAGUACUGCAGAUGACGAUGACGAUGUUAUCGCCAUGGAUGACGAACCGACCUGUAGUACUUUCAACAGUAAUGAACACGCAUAUUCAUACAUUUCGAAAGUUCGGCGAAAAAAUCAAUCGAGCGAUAACGGCGGCGAAUCGCUGGCCCUGUUAUCGUCAAGUGCAAGGUCACGUUUGGAGGAACUCAUGAUGGAGGGCGAUCUGUUGGAAGUCGCCUUGGACGAGACACAGCAUAUAUGGCGUAUUUUAAGUCACGUAAAUACGCAAAACACUACACGGAAAUACAAGUCGUUUGACGAAGUUCAAACGAACGCCAAUCAGGAGGCAAAGGACGUGAAGAAACGGGGUAGAAAGAGAAAAUCAGAAGAAUUUGAAUUAUUGAAGAAAAUUGGACGGCAAAAGGUCGAAGAAAAGAAUGCAGUCAAACGGAGCAAAAGCGGCCCUGCUGCCAAAGAGAAGAGGCAGAGCAGUUCGCCGGUGCCUGUGAAGCGCGGACCUCGAAAGAUGAAACGCAAGAGCGAGAGUGAGGAAAUCCCUAAGAAGCGAGGUGGUAAUCGCACGAAGAAGACAAAGCAAGAGAGCUCGGACGAAGAGGAUGAUUGCGCGGCGGUUAACUGUCUGCGGCCUAGUGGUAAGGAAGUUGAUUGGGUUCAGUGUGACGGUGGCUGCGAAGGUUGGUUCCAUAUGCAUUGUGUCGGAUUGGAUCGCACAGAUAUCGCAGAGGAAGACGAUUAUAUUUGUAGCAACUGUAAAGAAGCCGAUCAAAAUGCAUCGUCGAGAUCCCCGCCAGAUCCGGCUGAAUCAUUAGGUCUGGAUGCACUUCUUUCCCUUUCUCAGCCCCAGGAGUACCACGGCAGCACCACCGACACGGAGGCGGGCGUCUAGGAAAGCGACGUCCUUCGUCCUAGGAUCUGUUAGCCCUCUUCGUGUCGUCCGUUAGCUCCGCACGAGGCUCCGCGGCGUAUGCGAUAAUUGCGAUCCUCGAUCUACGAACUCAUGAUGCGAAGUUAAUGAUUGUCUCUCUCUUGCCAUUAUCUACGGAACUAUCGGCAUUGCAGGUCGUUGUGCAUCAUUCGACUACAAUUCACGACGAAACUUAAGAGACGAAGUAUUAUAGCAUGAUUGAGUUACAAUAUGUCGAUCACACAUACACACACACACAAUACACAUCACGUGGUGAACGUUUCCUAUCGACUAUGGUUUUUCGUUUGUAUCUGCGAGAUUUACGUUAUUUUAGAUGCUAAUAGAGCACUGCUAGUCAAUCAUCGAUCUGCAUUUAUACCGAUUGAAAAUUUCGUUCACGAGUAGGGACAAUGCUACACAAUGCACGACAAAUAUGAAAAUAUCAUUUUUGUGCUUCCACUCAUGCGUUUUAUAAAUUCAAAUUAUGCGGCAACGUGAAUUCUUUGCUUCACUUCAAUCCGCACGACGGCGAAAGUAUUCGCAAAAGCGUUUUGUUGGAUUGUUUUGUUUUCUUUCUUUUUUUUUUUAUUACGAAAAAUUCAUCGGUUUCGUUUCUCGCCGAUGGCAAUCAGAUCACGGAUGAACCGUGAUGUACGCGCCUUUUGUCUUCUCGUUCCUUUCUAAAUUUUUUUUUUUUAUAACCGACCGUCCGUAGAAGAAUGUUGUUUCUGUUUCGUAAUUUUUACGCGCAUUGCGCCUAUUGCUGUGUAUGGUCGAAUGAAGCAGUUGUUUCUACACAAGACGAUUAACGGUUCGCGACACGGAUUUUCUCUGCAGCGAUGUUAAUCACACGAUCUGUAGCGUUACCUUAUCUUACCUUAUCUACUGACAAUGGAUAAAUGAAACCCCGGAGAGUGGGUUGCGAGCCGAAAUGACCCGUUACGAUGUCCGACACGUUUACGAGGACAUUUUUUUUCUCAGUAAGGACUUGUCGAAAUAAAUCGUUUCGAAAUAUUGUGUCGCGUGUAGGGUCUUUCGUAUGUCUUUUGUAUCGGUCUUUAAAUGUCUCUUGGGCGCACAAAAAAAAAAGCGACAAGCGAAAAUUUCUUUUGCGCCAAGCGGUAUGUACAGAAUAGACUGAGAGAUGUGUGUAUUAUGAUUAGAUUAUGCAUAUGUUAAGAGACGUUUAGGCUAGAUUAUAUCAGAACGUAGAGUGUAAGCAGGUUAUAGUUUGUAUAAAAUAAAAGGAGACUAUUAACAAGCAGCAUAAAAAGAUAGCAUAUCUACUCUGCCUUCCCGAAAUAAUAAUCUGUAAGUAUUUUCACCGUCGUUUUUUGCACCAGAGGCUGUAUUGCGUUUUGCGUUUACGUACUUCUCUAUAUUUUUACCGAUUUCUUUAAUUAUAUUCUCUCGAUAUUUUAAAAAAAAAGUAAAAUAAUAGUUCUUAAUGUUCUGAAAUUUUAAUCUCCGUAGCUGUACGUUUUAUUCUGUUAUAUUCCUUGUCACAUUGAGGAAUCAUAAAUAUCUUUUAUGUAUAUAACGGAACAUCUAUGUGCGCAUUAUAAUUAACGAUUAGUUUUCUUGUUUUGUUUCUCUGCUAGUAUAUCAUUUAUUAAAUAAAAAGUUUAAUGAAUGGAUAAUUCUGAUUUAUUUGUUCCUCGAGAAUAUUAAUUAUUAAAUUUCGUGAAUUAAUAUGAUGUAAUAAAAGAGAGAAAGAGAGAGAUUAUUAUAGUUUGCCAUUGAGAUACGUUAUUGCAUUACAAAAUUUACUUGUUAAAGAAGUGUUUUGUGAAGGACAUCAAUAUCAUCAUUACUUUAUAUUUUGUUCUGUUAUCACGUUUGAUUGUAAGAUAACGCUUGAGCGAAUGCUGACCCUUGGCUAGAAAUUUGAAAUUCACAUUGUUACUCAUGCAGUUAAUUUCUAUUGUUUUAAAACAGCUAUAAUUUUAUUUCAUGUAAACGUUUAUUCAAUGUGCGAAAUGUACGAGGAACGCAGAGUAUUUUGUAAAAAAAAAAAAAAAAAAAAAAA